UGGAGCGCAACCGGCGCCUGUCAUUACAGAGGAAACACAAGUGGAGCUCAAUUUCAGAGCAGAAAAAACUCCUACACACGAGUGGAAUCAAAACAUCUGAAUUAGUCACUGGACUCCGCUUUGAAUUCAGGUACAAAACGACGACUUGGUACAGUACAGUUCCACUAUUUUGGAAGUUUUGCUCUGUUUUUGAUAGCUUUGGUCUUCAGUAUAAUAAUACAGCGGGACUUUGUGCUGGAAUCAAUUGGGACACUAAAUCCUCGGUGUCCAAGCAAGCAGCUUUGCAGCGCACUCUUGUAUUUGACUGUGUGAUUUUGAAAUAUGUCCACAAUAAUGGAACAGCCUUUUUAUGACGACUCGUUUCUCUCUGCUUAUGGCCAUCCAGGCGCAGCCUUGCCAGACUACAAGCUGCUAAAGCAGAAUAUGAACUUGAACUUCUCCGAUUCAUAUCGGAACUCAAACUUCAAGUCGCAGCACCUGCGCAACGACGGUGAUUUCUAUUCGGCUGGGUCAGCAGAAGUGGGCUCGCUGAAGCUCGCCUCUCCGGAGCUGGAGCGCCUGAUUAUCCAGAACAGCAACGGGGUGAUCACCACCACACCAACACCUGCCCAGUAUCUCUACAACCGGGGAAUCACAGAAGAGCAGGAAGGCUUCGCUGACGGUUUUGUUAAAGCCUUGGACGACCUGCACAAAAUGAACCACAUGGCUCCUCCAAACGUCUCGAUCGGCGGCGUCUCCUGUGGCGUCCCGGGCGGUGUGGUGUGCUCCGCCCCCCCGCUGUUCGGCUCAUCCAUGCAGCAGGACGCUCUCGAGUACACCACCUUGAGCAGCUGCACCACGAACCCCAGUCUGUCCUCUGCAGCCAGUUAUCCCUCCAGCACCAUCAGCUACCUGCCACCACACCACCAGUACCACCACCACCAGCAUCCCCAGGCCAUGGCGCACGGAUCGCACCAUUUCCAGCACUCUCUGGCCAGCGCGGGCAUCCACUCGCAGCGGUUCACCGGCUUGAAAGAAGAGCCUCAGACGGUGCCUGACAUGCUGAGCAGUGAUUGCUCUCCACCAAUGUCUCCUAUCGAUAUGGAGAACCAGGACCGCAUGAAAACGGAGCGCAAGCGACUGAGGAACAGGCUGGCCGCUUCAAAGUGUCGGAGGCGCAAACUGGAGCGCAUCUCCCGCCUGGAGGACAAGGUGAAGGUGCUGAAAACUGACAACGCCGGACUGUCAAGCACGGCGUCUGUACUGCGGGAGCAGGUGGCCCAACUCAAACAGAAAGUCAUGACACAUGUGAGCAGUGGCUGCCAGCUCAUGUUGGCGCCCAAAGUGAAGUCCUAUUGAAGAAACAAUGCACUUUAAACAACAAAAAACACUGGACAUGAACUGCACUGACAACGAACAAUGUCACCCUUUUCUGUACGAAAGAACUGGACCAUGAUAGUUUCUAUGGCUGAAAGAGAAGCAGCUGAAAUCUAAAGACUAAAACACUUAGGGGCAUUUUUGAAUACUUUUUUAAAAAAAUAUGUCGUCUUGGCUCUGCCUGUUUACAUUUUACCUUAAUUGCUAUCUGUGAUACAUUGUUAUGUAACUUAUUUGUGUUCCUCAGGUUGACCCUGUUUUUUUACUUGUACAGUAUAUAUUUAAGUAAAUGAAAUUAUGAAACUAAGAA